AUAUAUUUGCUUCCAAGAUCCUACUUUCUGAUCUCUGGGAUUCCGUUUUUUAUUUAAAAUCGUUGAAAAUUUAAAAACUAAACGUAGUUGAAAACUUAGCCGGCUUACAGUCGAUUUUAAGCCGCCGCUGACAUAUUUGGUGUCAGUCGCCGCCGCCGUUAAUAUUUGUCGGCGCAGGGCUCUGCGCGGAAAGCUACUUUUUCUAUAUAAACAUAGAAAUAUACUGUGAAAUGAUGAAGGAACAUGAAUUAUUAUUGAAUAUAGAUAACAAAGAGAUCUUGAUCGAGAUUCUCAAUCAUUCUAUAGACUUCUUAAUUGGUAAUCAAGAUGAACAACAAACAAUGCGAAUGUCACACAAAUACGGGUUUCACAAUCCUGAUGACUUCCUAUUAACUACAAAAAGUAUUGCAAAAUUCUAUCGUAGUAUCUGCACUAGCGAUGUAAAUAGUGGUCAACAAAGCGAAUUUGUAAGAUCGGAAUUAUCCAACCUUACACCGGAAUUUCAAAAAAUUAUUACAUCUGCUUUGCAGUCCAGACGAAAUGAAGUACUGUGUUAUUUGAUACGAGAACAAAACGCUAAUGAGUUUCCUCUAAUCGAAUCAUUCGACUGGGAUACACGUUUAGUUCUGGGCGAUAGCAGUUUUGCACAAAAUAAUAAAAUGUUAACCACUUUAAGUUUGAAUUUGCGUCAUAACCAACGGCAAAAUUAUCAAAUGCAACAACUGCAUGUUCAAAUGGAUUAUAACAAAUUAAGCGAAUUAAUUAAAACGAUUGAGGAUGCUUUAGUCGAUUGUAAAUAAAUCAAUUAUUCUAAAUGUCCUUAAUGAUAGGAAGAAUAUAAAAAAGAUUAUAAAUAAAUUGAAAUAAUGAUCGCGAUUUAAAACAAUUCUAAAAUAUAUGUAUACCUAUGUGAUUAUUAAAGUGUUGGUACUUCUGAUGAAUCAA